UGUAACAUGAGCCCCGCUCUGGCGCUGCUUCUUCCUCUCUCUCUCUCUCUCUCUCUCUCUCUAUCAUCAUCAUCACUUUCUUUAUCUAAUCUCUCUUCUUUUAAAGCGGCCAUUGGAGCUCUCCAAGUUCUAUCUUAACCUUUACUUGUUGUGGUGAUUUUGAUUUUUUUUAAUCUCUCUCUCUUUCUCUUUCAAGUGAAUUUUGAAUUCUGUUUUAUUGUUUUCUUUAUUGAAAUCAAAAUGGAAACUGAAGACGAUUUGUGCAACCAGACCAAUUGGGGAAGCUCUUCUUCUAAACUGCGGGAGCCUUGUUCAUCGGACCAGGCUUUCUCGGGUUUCACGACGCAGCAGAAGUGGGAAGAUGUUUCGAUCUUGGAUUAUGAGAUGGGUGGUGUGGAGCCUGCUGCUUUGCAAGUUUUCGACGACAUGAAAGCUUCAGGGCAAGCUAACGUUGAUUUCCUUCAAGGUGUGAGGGCUCAAGCUUGGGAUCCGAGGACGAUGCUUAGUAAUCUAUCUUUCAUGGAGGAGAAGAUUCACCAGUUGCAGGAUCUUGUUCAUCUGCUUGUUGGACGAGGUGGUGGGCAGCAGCUUCAACAAGGAGGUCGUCAAGACGAGCUGGCGCAGCAGCAGCUUAUAACUACGGAUCUUACUUCCAUAAUCAUACAGCUGAUUUCAACUGCAGGUAGUCUUCUUCCAUCUGUUAAGCAUAAUAUGUCAACACCUCCGGGUCCAUACACUGGGCAGCCCGGUUCAGCCAUGUUCCCUUAUGCAAGGGAGGCUAAUAACGUUGCUUCACAGAGCCUAAACAACAACAACAACAACAACAACAACAACAACUCUUCUGGUGCCCAAGAGUUCGAUUUGCCUAAGCCGGUCGUUCUUGUUGAUGAGAGAGAUAGCCAUGUUGUGGAGGAACAUGAAAUGAAAGACGAAGAUGAUGCCGAGGAAGGGGAGAACCUUCCUCCUGGUUCAUACGAGAUAUUGCAACUUGAGAAAGAGGAGAUUCUCGCACCGCAUACCCACUUCUGUACGAUAUGUGGCAAAGGUUUCAAGAGAGACGCGAAUCUGAGGAUGCAUAUGAGAGGGCAUGGAGAUGAGUACAAAACUGCAGCUGCUCUUGCCAAACCGAACAAAGAAUCUGUACCCGGGUCUGAGCCGUUGCUGAUCAAGAGGUACUCUUGCCCAUUCCUGGGUUGCAAACGUAACAAGGAGCACAAAAAGUUCCAGCCUUUGAAAACGAUCCUAUGCGUGAAGAACCACUAUAAACGCACCCACUGCGAUAAAAGCUUCACUUGCAGCCGGUGCCAUACCAAGAAGUUCUCUGUCAUAGCAGACCUGAAAACUCACGAGAAGCAUUGCGGGAAAAACAAGUGGCUCUGUUCCUGUGGUACAACAUUUUCAAGGAAAGACAAGCUGUUUGGUCACAUAGCUCUGUUCCAGGGACACACGCCUGCGAUCCCCCUUGAAGAGACAAAGCCUUCAGCCGGUACAUCUGCUCAGAGAGAGAGCUCUGAAGGCGGGAACAACAACCAAGGAAUGGUUGGCUUCAAUCUCGGUUCUGCACCUAAUGCCAACCAAGAAACCGCACAGCCUGGAAUGACGGAUGGGAAGAUGAGUUUUGAGGAGUCUUUCUCGCCGAUGAACUUUGAUACAUGUAAUUUUGGAGGGUUCCAUGAGUUCCCGCGACUGAUGUUUGAUGAUUCAGAGAGUUCAUUUCAAAUGCUUAUUGCAAAUGCCUGUGGUUUCUCGCCCAGGAGUGUUGGGGAGUCUGUUUUAGAUACUAGUCUCUAAGGCAUUACUAUAUAUGUUAAAAGAGUAUUAUUAAGUUAUGUAAGAUGUUCUAGUUUUUAGCCUUUUUAGCAGCUCUUUUAUGUCUGUAAUUUGUUUUCGCCAGAAUAAUAUCAGGAAAGCAAAAAGUGGAUUUCCUUUUUAAAA